CUGACACUAAUGACAGUGACAGUGACGUGCACUAGCACGGGGUGACGUGUUUCAUUUUCAAUUUUCAUUCAAUAAAAAUUGCUAAAGCGCUAAUUAUGUUAGAUUUAUUUACAAUAUUUAGUAAAGGAGGCAUUGUUCUUUGGUGCUUCCAAAGUACAAAUCAGAUAUUCACCCCUUCUGUCAACGCUUUAAUAAAAAAUGUCAUUCUGCAGGAAAGAACGGGCGUUAAAACGUUCGAUCACGACGGUUUGUUAUUGCAGUACAAAUUGGACAAUGAAUUCGACUUGGUGUUCGUAGUAGCUUAUCAAAAAAUCCUACAGUUGUCCUACGUUGAUAAAUUUCUCAACGACAUUCACUUGGAAUUCCGGGAUAAAUACAAAAAUGAGCUGUCCGAAAAACAAUAUUUUCAAAAUUUUAACUUGUUGGACGCCUACAAUUCCACUCUCAGAGCUGCAGAGGAAUGGAGCAAGGAUCAGCUGAAGCAGCCGAAGCAGAUGAGAACAUUCGACGAGUCCCAAAAAUCAAAAAAGACUGUAUCUUCUAUGAUCGAGAGAAAAGGGGAAGAAAAGCCGCAGAAACCCAUAAAGAAGAAAGAAGUUAACUUCCUUGAUGACGAGAAGAUCAUUACUCCACCGUCGCCGAAGGUGAUUCAAAAUGGCCUUAUCGAUGAGGAAACGCUAGCAGCUAACAGAGCCAAACUUGCCAAGAAAAUGCAGAAGAAGAAACCUGAAGUCAAGAAAAGCCCUAAAAGCCCACCCGAAAAAGCCGGCAAAAAACCGAGAGUUUGGGAUUUGGGAGGUACCAACAAAGAUUUGGAAACUCUGGAAAGAACUACGGAUAGACCGGAAGACAUAAAGAGCAAUUUUACUCCAGAUACCGAGAUCGUCGGUCAAAUGAAAGGUGUAAUAAAAGACCUUGAAGUCGAAUCGUCUGAUGAUGAUUAUGACGACGAUGAUGAUGAAGUAGUUGCGCCACAACAAAACAAAACCUCCUCCAAAGGAGGAAUGUUUUCCAUUUUCAAGGGCCUCGUAGGUUCCAAGAAUCUAACGAAAAACGAUAUGAUGCCCGCUUUGGAAAAGAUGAAAGACCUCCUUAUUGCGAAAAACGUUGCCGCGGAUAUUUCUCAGAAAUUGUGCGACUCGGUGGCGAACAAAUUAGAAGGAAAAGUGUUGGGUACCUUCGAUAGUGUGGCUUCAACAGUUAAAAACACACUUACAGAGUCGUUAGUGCAGAUCUUGAGCCCCAAGAGAAGAAUCGACAUUCUAAGAGAUUGCAUGGAGGCUCAAAAAUUGGGAAGACCUUACGUUAUGACCUUCUGCGGAGUGAACGGCGUAGGAAAGUCCACCAAUCUCGCUAAAAUCUGCUUCUGGUUGAUCGAAAACAACAUGCGCGUGCUUAUAGCAGCUUGUGAUACGUUUAGAGCCGGUGCUGUCGAACAGUUGCGCACUCACAUGAGACAUCUUAACGCUUUACACCCCCCUGAAAGACACGGUGGCAAACAGAUGGUCCAAUUGUACGAAAAAGGCUACGGAAAAGACGCUGCCGGUAUUGCCAUGGAAGCUAUUAAAUUCGCCAAUGAUUCUAGAAUCGAUAUAGUAUUGAUUGAUACUGCCGGUAGAAUGCAGGAUAACGAGCCUUUAAUGAGAGCUCUGACGAAGUUGAUCAAAGUGAACGAGCCUGAUUUGGUACUAUUCGUUGGAGAAGCAUUAGUAGGAAAUGAAGCUGUAGAUCAAUUAGUUAAAUUCAACCAAGCACUUGCUGAUUAUUCUUCCAACAUAAACCCUCAUCUUAUCGACGGCAUCGUUCUUACCAAGUUUGAUACCAUCGAUGAUAAGGUUGGAGCAGCGAUAUCAAUGACUUACAUAACUGGUCAACCAAUAGUCUUUGUUGGCACAGGGCAAACCUAUACCGAUCUGAAAGCUUUAAAUACUAAAGCUGUGGUGCAUUCUCUGAUGAAGUAAUUUAUUCCUUAAAAGUUGCCUUAAUAUCAUUGUGAAUAACGUAUUAUAAAGCGAAAAAAAUUAAAUUUAUAUCUUUGUAUUUAUACAUAUUCGGAUAUUAGCGGUUGUAUUUAUAUUAGGCGGCGGUAAUUGUUUAGUUUUUUUUUAAGUAAUUUCAUUUUGUAGUCAUUUGAUUUGUUAAAACUUUAUUUUUAUCGCAUUUUAAACAUUUUUUUUUUAAUUGGAAAUUGGAAGUAAUUAUGAAUCGGAAUGGGUUACCAUUUGGUUAAUUGUGAUGUAUAUUUUGCAAUCACAAAUUUAAUUUUCUAACAUAAUGUAUAGCUCAGUUAUUUUUUAUGAUUUGUUGUAAGAUUAGUUGUAUAUUUUUUAAGUUUUGUUGAAAGGUUGUCUGACUAUAUUUUUGUAUUAUAGGCUACAAAUUAAAUAUAAUUUGAAUAUUUCAAAAAUAUAUUGUUUCCAUA